UGCCUGGCUUAAAUUCGAAGAGUCUUUCCGGCAGUCAGCUGUCCGAUAAACCAAAACAAGUAGGCUACCUAAGUUACUUGUGGUGGGAUUGGUUGUGGCACCGUCGAUUACUUUUGAUUUUCAGCGAGUGGCGACAACUGACAGAUCGGCCCUUAAUCUCAUGACGAACAUGUAGAAACAAUUUUAUCAUUGAUGGUACACAUUUGAGCCGCAAAGAUGCCAGCGGUUACAACGGAGGUAAAAGAGCUUUACCUCUCGACAUCUUUGGGUGACCUCAACAAGAAGGCCGAAAUUAAGCCAGAUAAAAUAAACACGAGAAGUUAUGUGCAGAGUGCCUGUAAAAUAUUUAAAACGGCAGAAGAGUGUCGCCUUCACCGGGACGAAGAGAAGGCCUACGUUCUGUAUAUGAAAUACUUAGCUGUCUAUAAUCUCAUCAAAAAGAGGCCCGAUUUCAAGCAGCAACAGGAUUUCUUUCUUUCUAUUCUUGGACCAACCAGCUUUAGAAAAGCCAUAGAGGAAGCUGAAAAACUGUCUGAGAGUCUCAAGCUGAGGUAUGAGGAGGCAGAGGUACGCAAAAAGCUGGAGGAGAGGGAGAAGAAUGAGGAGAAAAAGAAGAGUGAGGAGAAAUGUGAGAAAGAUGCAGGGAGGAGUUCCUUCAAAGAGGUGACGGGCGCAAAGAAGGAGAUCCCGAAGGUAAAAGAGGAAAAGAAGGGAACAAAAAUUGAGAAUCCAAUUGCUACCGUAUGUCCUGGAGGGAUCACUGCUGAAAGGCUCUAUAAGAUGAUGAAAGAUCCGAACAUGAGUAUUAUUGUCAUGGACGCCAGAAGCAGGAGCGAUUUUGAUGAGUCCCGGAUUCUAGUACCGCUGCAGAACUGCAUCAGUGUUCCGGAAGAGGCCAUCAGCCCAGGAAUAACCGUUAAUCAAAUCGAGGCCAAGCUUCCUGAGGAGUCCAGAGAUCAGUGGCAGAGACGGGCCUUUGUGGAUUACAUAAUUCUGCUGGACUGGUUCAGCUGUGUGGCAGACCUCAAACUCGGCACAACUCUACAGAGCCUGAAGGAUGCCCUUUAUAAGUGGGACAGUAAGACCGUCCUCCGCAGUGAGCCCUUGGUGCUGGAAGGUGGUUACGACAGCUGGCUGCUGUUCUACCCGAUGUACACGUCUAAUGCUAAAGUCAAACCACCCCGACAGGACACCAUUGACAUCAUCCCAAAAUUUAACUUCAGCUACCCAUCGCUCGAAGAGCCGAAACCUCCAACCCCUCCAGAACCUGAACCGGAGCCCCCUGUGGAGAUGAACGGGAACUCUGAAGAGCAGGAGACUGUCCAGGAGACCGAAGGGCCUGAGACAGUGCCGGACGCUCUGGAAGCUCCCCCCACCUCCUCUGCAGUACCAGUGAAUAAACCAAAUAAAGUCCCAGCCAGCCAGCCUGAAGUCACAGCCAAGGCGAUUCCACAGUUUGAUCGCAACAAGAAACCCUCUGUCAAAACAUUGAAUGUCGUGACGCCAAGCGACGAAGGCGGCUCGGCCAAGGACAAGCCUCCGUCGGUCCAGAACGGCCCACUGGUUCCGGACCGUUCCAUCAAGCCGCACUUUGACUCUGCGGGCACCCUGACGGAGCAGGAGAAGAGCCAUAUCCACGCGGAGACGGCGCAGCAGAUGGAGAGAGCAAAACGGGAGCAGGAGCAGAGGAGACGGGAGAGGACGGAGAGAGAACGGCAGGCCCAGGAGGAGGAGGCCAAAAAACGCGAGCUGAGCGCAAAGGAGGAGACCAGCCGGAAUGAAGGGGAACAGAAGGAGAAGGAGAAGGAGGGGGAGGAGAAGAAAGGUCCGGAAAGGCAGGAUUCGGGGAAGACUGUGGAGCAGGUGGACGAACAGGGGGAGGAGGACGGCAAGACGACUGAGAAAGAUCCGGGCAACGGUGUGCAGUCGAAGAACCCUGACCUCGACUCUCCUGAGCCCAAAAAUGCUGUGGGUGAAUCAAAGCCUGACACUCUGACCAGGGCACGAAGCGAGGAGAUGGGGAGAACUGUACCAGGACUACCACUCGGAUGGAUGAGGUUCCUGGACACAGUGACGGGUACGUACCGAUACUACCACUCCCCCACCAACAUGGUGCACCUCUACCCACCCGAGGUGAGCGUGUCCCAGACACCACCGGCCACCCCGCCCAUGGCGAAGCAGAAGCUGGCUAGCACGGCGGAGGCCGAAGGUGAACCCUCCAAACUGAAACGGUCCUACUCCUCCCCUGACAUCACCCAGGACUUGCAGGAGGAGGGCCAGAGGAAGCCUGCGGCCAUUCCCACCUUCAACAGAGACACCAAGCCAGCGAUCGUCCCUACCUAUCCUAAAGCCGAGAUCGCCCGGCUGUCCGCAGCCAAGAUCCGAAACCUGAACCCUGCGUUUGGAGGGCUGGGAGCGUCUCUGACAGGCCUGAGAAACCUGGGGAACACCUGCUACAUGAACUCCAUCCUGCAGUGCCUGUGCAACACGCCUGCUAUGGCAGGCUACUUCAACAACAACCUUUACCAGGAAGACAUCAACAGGGCGAACAUCCUGGGGCACAAGGGCGAGGUGGCGGAGGAGUUUGGAGUGAUCAUGAAGGCCCUGUGGUCAGGCCUCUACAAGUUCAUCAGCCCGCGAGACUUCAAGGUCACCAUUGCCAAAAUCAACGACCAGUUCGCCAGUUACGACCAACACGACUCACAGGAGCUGCUCCUCUUCCUGAUGGACGGUCUCCACGAAGACCUCAACAAAGCCGACAAUCGCAAGCGAUACAAAGAGGAGGAGAACGAUCAUCUGGACGACUUCAGAGCGGCGGAGCUGGCCUGGAACAAACACAAGUUGCUUAACGAGUCGAUCAUCGUGGCCCUCUUCCAGGGCCAGUUCAAGUCCACUGUGCAGUGUCUGACCUGCCACAGGAAAUCGCGCACUUUCGAAACGUUCAUGUACCUGUCGCUGCCCCUGGCUUCUUCCAACAAGUGUUCUCUGCAGGACUGCUUGAAGCUCUUUUCCAAAGAGGAGAGGCUUACAGACAACAACAAGGUAUUCUGCAGACACUGCAAGACCCACAGAGAUUCAACCAAGAAGCUGGAAAUCUGGAAGGUGCCUCCCAUUCUGCUGGUGCACCUAAAACGGUUCUCCUAUGAGGGACGAUGGAAGCAGAAGCUUCAGACAUCUGUUGACUUCCCGCUCGAAAACCUGGACCUGAGUCAGUAUGUUAUUGGCUCAAAGCACAACCUGAAGCGAUACAACCUCUAUGGAGUAUCCAACCACUACGGAGGUCUUGACGGAGGACAUUACACUGCGUACUGCAAGAACAGUAAAAGGCAGCGCUGGUUCAAGUUCGACGACCACGAGGUGAUGGAAAUUUCCACGUCGUCAGUAAAGUCUCCGGCCGCCUACAUCAUCUUCUACUCUGCUUUGGCCUUGUGAGAGCGCAGGGGAGAAGCUGGUCUGUGAAUCUGUACUGCAUGAACGGCAUCAAAUGGCUGUUCACCUUGGUCUGAGGAUCUGAUUAAAGAAAGUUCAGUGCCAGAGCAAGUUCCCCUGCCCCCAGAGGAUGAGGUCGCCGAGCCAAGUGUCACGUUAUGGCGCCUCACUUCCUGUAAGAUGAUGCACUUCAUUUGAUGAUCUUACUGACCAUAGCAAGAAGGGCGGGCACAGGUUAUUUUCUCACUAUGAUUAGUAUAAACCAGUCAUGCCGCUUACUACGCCUGCAAGGACUAAUUAUCUUACUGGUCUGUAAUACUCUUUACUGUUUUUUUUGUGUUGCAGUUGUGGAACUCGUUAAAAUGUUCCAUGUUGCUUUGUUUUUCUUCUUUUCCUUGGAUUCAGUGUGAUGGCCUUUUCACACAACUGACCUUAACGCUUUCUUGUACUGUGAAUAAAUUAGAAUCAAGUUAUUGGAAACUAUGGUGUACAUGCAAAUGACCGAUAAAGUACAUAUAUUCAGA